UCUCACACCACCACAACUUCACUUCGACUUGGUUUUUUGCUUUCUCUCGGAACAGCCGCCCACCGUCUCAGACUUCUUUCACAAAACACUUCCAACGUCCAUCAGUCCAUCACCACCACCUCGAAUCCCUACACCAACAGCUCGCCGUAACUUGCACUCGCUCCGCCUCACUGCGUCAGAGUCACCUCUGCAACACCCACCACACCUGAGCAUCGUCAGGGCCAACUUGUGCCUCAGGAAACAGACUCGACUUAGAAAGGAAGGACAGCUGGUUCGGAUCUUCUACUACAACGGCACCCAACCGUAGCACGACUACCUUUUCGUACGAACUCGUGUGGUUGCCGAUCAGUUGAACCCACCCUUGCCUGCUUCUUGGGUUCAGCUCCUUCACCAGCACUUUUUUAAUCAUCAACAACAACCAACACACAAAAUGUCUUCCGACUGGACGCACUCCUACUGCCUCACCUGCGACAAGCAGACAGACAGCACCACAUACUGUUCCGAGUCCUGCAGGCUGGCAGAGUACGAACAGUCAUCGAACCCCAGCUCCGGCCCCAGCUCCCCUGCGUUCAGCGGCCCCAGCUACCCAUGGGCAUACACGAAGCCCUCGGCGCACACGAGCAAGCUCUACCUCUCACCUGCCUGUGACUUCAGCCAUGCGGCUGCUCAGUCCUCACAGCGUCGCUCCUCCCUCGCCCUGCCACAGCGGGUCCUCUCGCCCUCGAGCUCCCACGCCAGCCUAUGCUCGAUGAAGAGCAACUCUUCUGCCAGCACAGAGGCCGCGAUGCAAUUGUCAGACGCGGCCAGGAAAGAGCUUCUAGCAUAUGCGAGCUCGUUCGACAACGCACGAUCAUCGCGGAGGCAGUCGCACUAAACGUUCGAUGAGUCUUCGGUGGAUUCCCACAGUGGAUGACACCAUUCCUUGGCACCACUUCGUUUCCUAGAUACCCCACUUAAACAUUUUCGGACCUUGGAAUUUAUCGGGAAUACCCAUCACCACUUCAUCGAUGACAUGGCGGUCGAGCGUGGUCUCAUCUUUUUUGUCACCUCCGAUCAUCGGCGGGUUGCGAGGCCUUUCUGUCACUUAUGUACCACAAAAGCAUCAUCCGGAGCACAGCAUUACUACAAAAGUUAUGGGUUUACGCGGGUAUUGGGCAGGCUUUUUUUUUCCAUCUUACUACUUUUAUUUGUCUGGUCCGGCAGGACAUGGGGCGUCUUCACAGGGAUGCGAGCGCUCUGACUGUGUCUUGUACCAAGGUACUUACAUUACACCCUUGGGUUCAUUUGAGCAACUUGUGCGGGAGACAAAUACCGGCGCCUGUUGGGCUCGCGCUGGAGCAUGGAAUGGUUCCCAAUGACACAGGAACUUGGGAGCACAUUGGACGUGUGAUGGAUACCCGACCAGGGAGUUGGUCCACAGGGCUGACUGGGAAUGGAAUGGCUGGACACUCGAGAGAACGAGGAACGGUCAGCAACAACAUAGCCACUGUCUUACAAUAAGAUCAGUUUCAGCUACCCA